UAAGCCUACGGCAAAGGCCAUAGCUCUCUUUUCUCUUCUCUCUCGAUUGUAUCUCGCCCAUCAUCAAUUGCUCAUAACGGUUUUUCGUUCUCUUCCUUUUUCUCAUUUUUUAGACAUUCAUAACUUUCUCAGUGCCAAUGCUUCUGACUGCAUGCAAAUCCCCAAUGCGAAUGGAGCUUUUCCAUCACCCAACACCAGUCAAGCACCACCCUCCCCAUUCGAUCUGCCCGAAUCAGUAAUGAAUGCCUAUGACUCACACCACCAUCUGCCAGACAACACAUCCACCUACAGCAGUAAUGCCAGCAGCAUUAAAGACUUUGCCGCCAGUCCUCAACCUCCACCACCACUGCCACCUCCCAUCGAUGAUGCCAUCCUCAAUAACAAAAGUAUGCUAAAAGAUUUGGAAUCCCUAAUCGGCAGCAUGGAACAGAAUCAGCAAAAACAAAACGAACAGGUGCUCAGAUCCAUAAAAGACAUGAUUGACAAUAUGAAAAAGGACAAAACGGACAUGGCGGACUAUGAUGAUCCCGAGGACAUGCGCAUACUAACCAAGAGUCCCAUUAACACAUCCAAAUUCAAGCAGCAGCAGCAACAAUCCUCCGCGGAAAAUGCGGCAGAUGUCAAGAAUUUUGUGUGGCAGCAUAUCCAGGAAAUUGUUCCGAAUUUGGUUCAACAAGUCGAAAUGGAGCUGUUGGAAGAUAGUGAGGCCACCACCAAAUUGGAAAUUCCACCUGAGAACCACGAACCUACUGAGGAGGAGCAAGGCGAAGAAGAAGAGGAAGAAGAAAUUACAGCACCACUUCCACCCCCUCCACCACCCAUAGACCAAGAUGAGUUCCUCAUGGAGGAGGUUAUAAAACCCAAUUUAAGAAAUGCUUCCAUUAGAGAGGAGCUUCCUCCUGAAUAUGUCUACACAGCUGAGAUAGCCACCUUCCAAAUGGCCUUCGACAAGGCUUUGCAGAGGGAGCACCAGCAACAGUUUAAAUAUGAUUCGUUGAGGAAUGCCUACAGAGAGGUUUACAAAAUGUACUUGGCACCUGCAGUUCAGGAGAGUGUGGGCCAAACUAUUCCCGCCACUAUUCAUGACUUCGCUGGGGGAUCUCCAGAGCUGGGAAUUCCAACGACAAUAGAAGACUUGCCAUUACCUCCAGUGGGAGGACAGGUUGUGCCUGCGCCGGAAGUGCCAAAGGAGGAGGUUAAAGUUGAGGAGUCGCAUGGUGAAAAUAAGGAUCAACUAAAUGAAGUCUCCGAAGCUUCGACAACUCAGUCCGUUGUCACAGAAGGAGUCUCUAGGAAGGAAAUGAGAACUGAAGGAACCUUCAAGAACGUUUCCAGAGAGGAAGAAGCCUCAAAGGAAGAAGUAUCAGAAUCAUCUAGGGAAAUGGAACAGCCAAGUAGUUCCUCGGCAUUGAGAGAAAUGGAAGACCAAUCUGUUACCCAACCCAGUACAUCAACGGAAGUCCUUGAAGAAACAAAAGUAAUUGAAAAAUCGCAAGAAAAUGGCGUGGAAAAUACUUCAACUGCAUUCGAGGAAAUUCCACAAACUGCAACGACUCAACUAAAAAAUAAUGACGUUUCUCCAAUAAUUUCUCAACCUCCAUCUGCUGAAGAAUCACCAAAGGAGACAGACUCAAGUUCACAAGAAAAUCAGCAGGGAUUGCCUGAAGAAACUUUAAGCUCCCCUGUUCCAGAUGAAAGUAGUUCAAAUGUAAUAUCGAAGGAAACCCCAAGUCCUGCCACAAAUAUACCAGAAGAAUCCACCGAAUCCGAUGCCAAUAGUCCCAGCUCUGCACAAACCUCGAAUGAAACCACUACACCUCCCCUGAGUGAGGCCACGAUGUCUGUGACGCCGACCGAUGACAAUUUAAGUUAUAAAUCGACCAGAAGUUCUGUGGAACCUGUGGAUAUUGCCGCAGACACAUCCUCCUCCCCAAUAGGAGAUCCAGAAGAAGCCAAAACAGAGCCACAAUUAAUUGAAGCCUCAGACACUACUGAGGCUAUUAAUGAUAAUUCAACCCAGGCUCCCAAUGAAGAACCGGUUCAGAUUCCAACCUCUAGGGAUGCCCUCUCUAACAAUUUAGCCCAGGCUCCCAAUGAAGAACCGGUUCAGAUUUCAACAACUAAGGAUACCCCCUCAAUACAAUCUCAAGCCAAUAGUGCCAAAGAGGAGCAUCCAUUACUGGAGACAAAUAAAUCAGAGGACAUUGUAAGCUCACCCAAAGACACGCCCUCAACAGAAUAUCCUCAGGCAACAACCUCCCAGCAGGAUGCUACUGUUUCCGCAAUGGUUGGCACUCAAUUAAGCAUUUCAUCGGAAAAUCAAGCCUCUGGCCCUGGAACUGAAAAGAAACCACCAGCCACUGAAAAAACUGCCAAAAGAAUAUCCAAAAUUCCAGUGCGGAGAACCGCAAGUAAUACCAGCUUAAUUUUGACAACAACACCGGCGUCUAAAGCACCCCAACCAAGCCCACAACAAAUUGAACCACCCCAGACACAUGUUCCCGCAGAAACGAAAGAAUCUAAAGUACAAACACCUCAGGCGAACAAUAAUGAAACCCCCUCCGCCAAUAUUCCAAAUGAAGCCGAAGAUGAUUCCGAGGACGAGCUUUACAGUCUGGCAAGUGAUUCAUCUCUCGACGAAAUCGACACCCGUACCUACGUCCAAUCACCCACCGAUACGGAGUCGCGAUUCGAUGAUGUCCAAUCCCCCACGAGUACCAAUGAAAUGUUCCUCAUGAUUCAACAUGACACGGGGGAGACCUCAAUGGAAGAGAGUACUGUAGUGCCAUCGACCAGCAGCUCUACCGUCCAUUCGGCGAUCAGCUUUUCAUCGGGCCUUAAGUCACCGCCCAGUGAAUUUAUUCCCUCCGGAGAUCCUAGUAAACAAAAUCUCUCAGAAUUGGUAAAGGAUACUCAACGGCUAAUCAAACAAAUGAAAGAAGAAAUCAACAUGGAUGAUUUUGAGUCCUCCACCGAUGAGGAUGACUACACGGAUGAUUACAGUGAUGAAUACGAUGAGGAGGAAGAAUACGAAGAGGAGGAGGAAUAUGAAGAAGAGGAAGAUGAAAAUGAUGAUCUCGAGGAUUUGAGUGAAGAAGACGAAGCAGAAGGCGUCGAUGAUGAAGAGGGUCAAUGGGAAGAUCAACCCGAAGAAUUUAAUGAAGUUAUUGGAGAUAGAAGUCACGAUGAUGAUGAAGAGGAGGAGCAACCCAACAUCGCAAGUAAAGAUCAAGUUACACCUGAAACAGUUCACAAUGAAUCAGAUCACACUCAUGCCAAUGCCUCACACUCGCCCGAGCAUCAUCUGGCAUCAUCUUCUUUCCCAUCCUCAUCUGAACAUUUAAUUCAAACUUCCACUGAAUCUAAUCAAACUCUCACUAAUGACGAAACAAUGGCUUAUUUGGAAACAGAAAAUCAAAUUCCGGAAAUAUCAGCAGAAACGGUUUUGGCAUCCAGUCUCAAGGAGGAAAGUUCAGCAGCUGAAGAAUCCACUCAAUCUGAAACCUUGACAACAAUAAAAACCGAAUCUAUGCCGAUGGCAAUUGCUAAUACUUUGGAAAGUGAAAAUUCUUUGCCGGAACUUCCAACGGAAAUUGUUCUAGCUCCAGUUACGGAAAUGUUGCCGCCACAAACUGAAAAUUCUAUACCGGAAUUACCAGCUGAGGCAGUUCUACCCCAAGAGCAAACUCUCACCAACACCUCCUCAUCCACGGAAGUUAUUAACACAGCUACUAACGAUUCAUCUCUGGCAUCAGUCUCAGCAUCAUCCCCAUCUCCAUCAUCAUUGAGUAAAGAUCAUGAAUUACCAUCUACAUCGGGUUCUACGACAUCUCAAAAAGUAUCCAAACAGGAUUCUGUGGAAGUAGAUGAUACCAAACCCUCAACUAGCAAAGCCUCAACUGCCAAACCCAAAGCAACUGCAAACAAAAAGAAAGAGGAUGCAAAGACAAAUACCAAGAAACCGGCCACGGCCAGUAAAAUACCUAAGCCCAGUAACAGUCAAAGGGAUCCAAAAGCCAAAGCCAAUACUGAGGCCACCAAGGAAACCACUAACAAAUCCAAGGAUCUUCCCAAAGAUCCACCAAAGACCACAACUGGAACUCUCAAAAGCAAAACCGAACCUAAAAUGAUCCUACCCACACGCUCGAAAUCAUUUUCUGGACCGCCUACACCCAUUGUCUUGACAUCCGUCAAGACUAUAACGCAACGUUUCCAAACGGUACAAAAGUCCCAGAACACCAAGCCACAACUGCAGAAGGCACCCACCACCAUUGCCAGAAAACCAUCCAUUACCGAGGCCAUAAAUCGUCUCACAAAGCCCACCUCCACAAACAACAGCUCCGAAUUACCCAGCACAAGUUCUUUGUUCAGAGCAAGAACCACUCCCCGGAUACCGAAGAAGAAAUAUCAUGAGACCUGUUUUUCGGAUGACGAUUAUGAAAGUACCUCUACCGAGGAGGAACCCGAACCCAUUGAAAUAAGACAGCGUAAAAUGAGUGUACCUGUAUUUCGAGCUUAUCCCAGUGUCCAGGAGCCCGAGGAGGUGAAUACAGAGGAACUGGUAGAUAAAUUUGUGAAGGAGGAACUAGUUAAUACCAUUGCCGAAGCUCAAAUUGCAGCUGCUUUAAUCAGCAUGAAAUUCCAGCAGGAUGUCUCCCUGUGGGCGGCCAAAGAAUGCAGUGAUUUGGAACAUGCCAUAGCUCUGCUCAAACAAGACUGUGAACUAUGCAGCGGAACCUAUGCCCUCAACGAAAUUGUCUCAAUGCUCAAAUGUACGCACAAAUGCUGCAAGCAAUGUGCCAAAACCUAUUUCACCGUACAGAUAACCGAACGCAGUAUUAACGAUUGCAAUUGUCCCUUCUGCAAAAUACCCGAAUUGCACAAUCAAAGCGAACACGAAGAUGACAAUUUGGAAUAUUUUUCAAAUUUGGAUAUUUUCCUCAAGAAUAUUGUCGAACCCGAGGUGCAUGAACUUUUCCAACGUAAGCUAAGAGAUCGCACCUUGCUCAAAGAUCCAAAUUUCAAAUGGUGUGUUCAGUGUUCGUCGGGAUUCUUUGCAAGACCGAAACAAAAGAGAUUGAUUUGUCCCGAUUGUGGUUCGGUGACAUGUGCUUCGUGCCGGAAAACGUGGCAAAAACAACACGAGGGCAUUUCUUGUGAGAAAUUCUUGGAAUGGGAAAUGGCCAAUGAUCCGGCUGCCCAGGCCCUGGGCGUAAAGGAGCAUUUAGAUCAAAAUGGCAUUGAUUGUCCCAAGUGUAAAUUUAGAUAUUCUCUUGCCAGAGGAGGUUGCAUGCAUUUCACCUGCACCCAAUGCAAAUACGAAUUUUGCUAUGGCUGUGCCAAACCCUUUAUGAUGGGUGCCAAAUGCACCAUAUCACCGUAUUGUGCCAAACUUGGUCUACACGCCCAUCACCCCCGUAAUUGUCUAUUCUAUUUAAGAGAUAAAUUGCCCGUGCAAUUGCAAAUUCUGUUGAAGAAUAAUGGCGUGUCCUUCGAAGUGGAUCCCAUCGAAACACAGGAUGAUGGCAACGUUCCCGGCUCGUCACAAAAACAGGCUCCCCUCUGUCCCAUUCCCAUACAAAAGGAGACACCGAAUGGUUUGGUGGACACAAAAUGUAAUAGUGAUGUGCCCGAUAAACAUGCGGGAAUGUGUCGGACCCACUAUGUGGAAUAUUUAACAGCCAAAGUGGCCAAGGCCAAAAUUGAUCCCUUGCCCAUUUUCGAUUUGACUGAUUGUGUUCAGGAGCUGCGUCGCCGUGGUAUACCCCUGCCCGAGCGGGGUCCCUGGGAUACAGAUGAAAUCUACAAAAAUAUGUGUGCUGAGGUCAUACAGAAGAACAUACCGCUGGAAACGAAUUAAUUGUUCGAAAAACGCAAGGACUGUUUCAUUAUCACACACGCACUCAUGUGCACACAUAAUCGUAUAUAAUUUUUUUACACAUUAUUCAUGCAUUCAUAUAUUAAAUUAUUUAUAGUCGCAUUCAUCAAUUUCAUGUUUUAUUAUUAUUUGUUUGUGUCUAAUUAUUUAUUAAUUGAAACACAAUUUGCAUUAACUUAUAUACAAUUCGACAAAAUAAAAAUAAA